AUGCUUGUUGCAAUGAACUUUGGACUAGUAUCACGUAUUAUAUCAGUGUAUCAACCAGAUCCACAGACUGUAAUAAAUGCAUUUUGUAAAGCACGUACCUAUUUCGGUCAAUCUAGUGUCAUGUCAUAUCGUUGGAUGUUAACUAUGGCUUGUAUUGAUCGAUACACUUCAUCAACAGCUAAUGCUCGUAUACGCAAGUUCGCUAAUCCAUAUAUUGCUUGUCGCGUUAUAUUCAUUAUUGUCAUCAUUUGGAUAAUAGUACCUUUUCAUAACUGGAUUUUUCUCAAUAUCAAUGGAACCACAUGUGUUUGGUCAUCUUCUGCUGUUGCAACUUAUAAUAGUGCUUUGGUGGUUAUAUGUGGUUUUAUAAUUCCAGCAACAGUUAUGAUUACAUGUGCUGUGCUCAUUAACAAUAAUCUUAAGCAUAAACGUAAACGUCGUCGAAAUAAUGUUUCCACGUCAGCUGCUAGUGAAGCGAAUCGUUUACUCAGAGCACGUGAUCGACAAACAUUACUCAUGUUAUAUGUUGAAAUCAGCUGUUAUAUAAUCUUUACAUCACCUUGGGCAAUUUUUACGGUAUAUAAUGCACUGUCGCUCUCUGUCCCAAACAAGACGAGCGAUCGAAUAGCUGUCGAAGGAUUUCUUCAAUUUCUGACCGAAACUACCGCUUAUUUAUAUUCAACUUUGUCAUUCUAUUUAUAUACAUUAGCAUCGCGUACAUUUCGUCAAGAGUUAGUCAAAGUUAUAUCUGCUAUUAUGAAUAGCAGAAAUCAAUGCUGCAAUCGUGCUGGGCGUGUUGCCCCAUUUUAA